AUGGGCCCCUGUACCGCCUCCUCAUGCUGCUGCCAGGCCCGUAAUCUGCCAUGGGCCCCCGUACCGACUCCUCAUGCUGCUGCCAGGCCCGUAAUCUGUCAUGGGCCCCUGUACCGCCUCCUCAUGCUGCUGCCAGGUCCAGAGUGUGUCAUGGGUCCCUGUACGGCCUCCCAUUGCUGCUGUCUCCAUCGCCAUACUCUGCCAUGUGCCACUUUCAGGUCUCCUCACACUGCUGGUGGGUUCCAUUUUUGUCAUAGGGUGCUGUAUGGCCUCCCAUUGCUGCUGCCUCCACCGCCACACUGUGGCUCCACACUCUGGUUUUGGCCCCGUGACUGCCCAAAUGAGUGAAGUGUGCGGUGAUUCUAAGAUCGACGGCACUCAUCUGCAUGUCAUACUGACUGACAGUAUUAUUUCUCUUCCCCAGCAGACUCCAAGGGCAUUUAAAUUAAAGGUACAGUGUUCUGCACUAAUAUAA